CCACAGUAUCACCCAACUAUGGUCGACCCCUCGGAGGCUGAGGAGCAGAACAAGUGUAAAGGUCCACAGCUCCAGACGCCAGCUGUGGCCACUGAACACCCUCGACUGCCAGCAGAAGCCGACGGCGCAACAGAAGAGGAUGGAGACGCUGGUUUUGAGACGCCACCCACUGGCAGCUCUGAGCCGAGCCCCUGCCACGCCGCCUCCCCGCCGGGGCCAGAUGCUGCCCCUCAGGGGGCAACGCCGCAGCAGCCACAGACUCAGACGGAUCCGUCGCCCAAGCUGCACCUGGACCUGUACAACUUUGACUCGCCGGUUGCAGAGGGCAGCCGCUACGUGCUGACGAGCCCCCGCUCCCUGGAGGCGUGUGCUCGAUGUGGGGUCAAACCUGUGGAGCUGCUGCCCCGCCCGCUCGCCGACUUCGCCCGAGAGGCUCCCGGACGCUCCAUGCGAGUCGCUACGGGGAUGUUUGAAGUCUACGAGAGGGACAGGCACGACAAACUGAGGCAGUGCCGUGAGGAGAGGGAGAGGAUUGUCAGGGAGGAGAAGCGAAGGAUUCAGCAGGCGACUGUGAACAGCAGUGGUAGUGUAUCGUCCGCCUCUUUGGAUAAAUCCUCUUCUGGCUCCAGUCAGCCUCCUAAAUCUGGGCCUGCAGUGACCUCCAGCUCAGUCCUUGAUGCUAACGCCUCCUCCAGAGCUCCAGCAUCGGGUCCAACCUCUAAACAAGGUACAGAGCUUUUAUCUAAAGCCCCGGCCUCAAGCCUCAGUACCUCCCCUAAACCUGCACAUGCAAAGUCUCCUCAAUCCUCCAAAAAUGGUUCUACGACCUCUACGCCAUCAUCCAAGAGUUUCCAAGGAUCUGCCAAACUUCCUUCGUCCUCCUCAACUGAACAAGUAAAACCCACGCGGCCGCUCUCGUCUGGUCCUCCACCUGUAGUCAGGAAGUCCUCUGGUGGUAAAUCCUCAAACACUUUCCCCAGAUCAACACCAAAGCCGCCUUCUUUCCCCAGAGCCAAUUCCACGUUAGCGUCAUCGGUGUCAAAGCCUGCAGGUCAGAGCUCUGGGACGUCUUCUAAUGGUGGAACAGGAGGAGCGUUUUCUCAGCACAAUGGACAUCUUGGAUCACAUUCCAAGGUGAAAGUAAAAAGCCAUUCACUGGAGUCCUUACAGCGAAGGAUGGAUCCUGUCUGCUGCUCCACCUCCACCACCACGACUACCACCACAUGCACCUCUUCAGAGUCCGGGGCCUCCUCCUCUUACAGUUGGGAUGGUGCACGAGAUCACUGGGCGAAAUUCUCCAGCCCCCGCGCACGCACAAUGGCGACCUUCAACUCCCUGAUGGGUCGCAGCCUCAGCCUUGGUGACCUGAGCCACUCUCCUCAGACAACACAGAAGGUGGAGCGCAUAGUGAAGGAGGUGAAGCGUCGAGGCCUGAAGGCCGUGUCGGAGCGCGACCGCAAAAUCGCCGCUUUGAUGCUCGCUAGAUAUCAGGAGGAAGACAUCAUGAGUCAGACCCGCUACGUGGCUCAUCUCCAGUGGGACAGCGAGCGCAGGAUGGAGGAGCUUCGGCGAGAGCAGGAGGACAGAGAGAAGCAGCGUGCAGUGCUUCAGUGCCAGCGAGUGUGGCAGACCCAGGUGACCAUACGCCAGCGAAGACUGAGCCAACAGGAACGACAGUCAGCAGCCGCCAAGAUGCGUCAGGCCGAGGAGAGCGAGGAGCGAUGGAGGGAGCUUGCAGAGCAGCAGGAGCGCAGCCGUCUGCUGAGGUUACAGCAGGCGGCACGAGAGGGGAAGCAUAAGAAAGUUCUCCAAGAACAGAACCUGAAGGCUCUGGAGGAGGAGAGGGCGGCCAUGCUGGAGCAGGAGAGGCUGCUGCUGAAAGAGAAGCUCACCAUGGCUGAGCUGAAGAGGCAAGAGAAGGAGCACCAGGGCCAGGAGGAGAGACGGGGUCUGAACAAGGCAGAGAAGAGACGUCACGCUGCCCUGAUACAGGAAAUCGCUCGCAGAGAACAGGAGGAGAGGGAGGAGGCGAGGAGGGCAGCGGACGAGAAGCUCAGUCGCUCCCUGGAGAACUAUGAACAGAUAGUGGAGCGUCGAGGGCAAGAGCUGAAGGAAAAGGCCAAGCGUGAGGAGAAGCAGAUCCAGAAAGCACGCAAGGCCGCGGAGAAGCGUGAGAUGCAGCAGCAGCAGCAGCUGGAGGCUCGUGUGAAGGAGGCGGAGAAACGAGCCCAACAGGCGGCUUUAGUGGCAGAGGAGAGGGCCAAGGAGAAGGCUCAGCGGGCCGCUCAGGGCCGCCAGGAGAAGGAGAGACUCCAGAAGCUCAACAGGCAGCGCGUGGAGGAGGAGGAGAAGCAGAGGCGCCUGGAGCUGCUGCAGUCCAUCGAGAGAAAGCUGGAGAAGAGCGAGCAGAUCUUCAGAGAGAAGAGGGCGGUGCUGGAGAGCGCUCGCUCUGUGGCUCGAGCCUCGUUUCAUGUGCGAGACAAAGUGCGGGAGGAGACCAACAUGCGUACGUUCGAUAAAAUGGCCCUGGAAGCGCAGCUGAAAGCCAGCAUGGACGAGAAGUAAACCCACAGCUUGAUGUGAACUCUGGUCCUGUGCUUGGCUCUUGCCUUCGUUAUGACCCUCAUCACUUAACGGCUUUAUCCUCCUCCUCCUCUUCCUCCUCCUCCUCCUCCUCCUCCUCUUCCUCUGACCCACAGUGUUAUUUUGUACGUACAUAUCUUUACCCAUCAGCCGCUUUGAUUACAUUUUGAUCAUUUUUCUUCUAUCAAAGCAAACCAAAUCAUUUUGUAUCGUGGAUGAAAUGAGACUUACCACCUAUAUCUUUAGCUGUUAUACAGUAAUCGACUCUAGAGCCUGUGUGGGAACCCAGUAGACUUUAUAUUAGAUGAGAGCGCAGAGACUCUCUUCCUCUUUGCUCCCUUCUUCGUCUCUCAGCCACUGAAUGAAAAGAAUCAUUGUUUACCAGGAAGCACAAGUCCAUGACAACUGCAGGGGCUUUUAAAGAAGCACUCCUGUGAGAGAAACACUGAGCAGGAGAAGAAAUCAAAAGCAGAGAAAGAAAAAUGGUUCUAGAGCCCUGAAGCAAACGAGGGAUACGUUUUUAUACAUAAGAAAUAAAACCCUGGUCCGACAAUCCAGCACAGGAAGUCAGUGAGCACUUUCUCUGUGCCGAUGAAGCAUCAGAGGACAGAGACGAGCUCUGAGAGACGACCACCUCUGCUCCAGUGGAUCAGCUACCAGCAGCUGCCUGGUGUCUGUACCAAGGUCAACAGGUCCUGAUCAUGUGACCUUGGAUCCGCCCACACUGAGCUUCGUGAGUGUGAAAACAAACCAGUCUCUCCUCCGAUGGAUCCACACCAACGUUUUUCUACUCAACCAGUAACAGUGCCAUUUAUUGUGCUGCUAAUGAUGGGACGUGAAGGAGCCGACAGCCUUUGACCCGCAGAAAUGAAGAGACUUUCACAAGGUUCAAACACAGCUUUAUUAGCAUCAAGGCAUGUUGCUCAGUCCUUUCAUCGACCCGUCUUCUUCUCUCUCAUUCUGCCAUCGGGUCACUUGACAUUUGUACAUUAUCAUCAUUUGCCUGCUUCUGUUAAUUACACUGAGUUGCUUCAGUAACAGUUUUUCAUAUGUAGCAAUAAUGAAACGGUCAAAGUCAAACACAUCUGAGAUCAUUGUUGUCAUGAACGCUCUGUUAACACAAUCUGGACAAACGAGUAAAAUAAAAACAAACAUUUUUUAAAGAUGGACGUGCAUCAUCUUUUCUAUCUGCUAACGACCUGUAAAUAUUUCAUUCUGAUUUAUAUUCGCCUGAAAACUCAUUUUAGAAAGUGAUGAAAACACUGGAAACUGAAGGUACAAGGCUACAGUCACACGGACGACUGUUGUUUAAACACCAGUGAGGUCUCUACUCUAUCAUUCAUGUGCUACAGAGUUUGUAACAUCAGCUAAAGCUCAGUUUUUAUUCAGCGGCUCAAAUUUGAUUUCAGGUUUUCUCUCGUCUUCGUGAAAUAUUGAAUCACGUUCAACCAUCGGAGAAGUUCAGAGGGAAAGUCUCUUUACAUGUUCUUGAAAUAAGUCGUAGCUUCAGAUUUAAGAACCUCAAAAUACAUACUUGAGUAAAUAUACUUAGUUAAGUGUAAUUCACUUGUUUGACGAGGACACUCCUGUUGUAAAAUCAAAUCUGAAUCAGUUUCAUGGACGACAGAAUAACAGGAACUAAAAAGCAGCGAGACAGAUAUCGUUGUAGCUGCGUUUCACUGCUAUAAAAUAAUUCACAUAUUCUAGUUGUGGUAAUAAGAUGAUGAGUAGAGUUUAUUUGCUGUUAUUUAUGUGACGGAUCAGAAUUUGUCGUCAGACUCCUGCCGACGUAAAAUAAAUAAUAAAACUAAUGGAAACAAGACGACUUUUAGUUCCUGUGGUUCUGUCCACGUCCGUGAAGUAUUUUUACAAACUGAAUAUUCAGUCUGUUAAACGUUAUCUUGAUGCACUCAGUUGAACUUGUUAUAAUUUAAACGUGCAGCCAGAGAUGGGAUCAAACUGAUUUGAGUGUGUUCCUCUACAAUACUGUGAUGAGGGGUUUGGGAUGAGGAUCUACUUCACUGACUGUGUGGAGGUAAAGCUCAGGACCUCCUCUCCUCUCCACCUCGCUCUCGCUCCUCUCAGGUGUUUGAGGCGUCCUUGCGAGCGAUGAUCUUGUACACGCUCUGUCUGAAGCUGCUGUCGGAGGUCAGGCGUCGGGCCGUCUCCCUCAGAUCCUCCAUGCUGCCGCCCUCAGAGGCCACAGCGAACGACUUCGAGU